AUGUCUUAUUAUGGCGGAAGCGACCCCAGCCCGUAUGACUAUCCUCUCCCAGGCGUUCACAUGCUCGUACGUGCCUUUGGAGGAGCCUCUGAUAUUCAGAAUCAGGAGGAUGGGUGGUGCAGUGGUGCGCUGAGCACGGCAGUGCACAUGGUGUUUGAGCCGGUGUUUAAUGAGUUUGAGGACCAUGGCCUCUCUUCAUGCACGUCCACCCUUGACGGGGACAACGACGUGGACAUGGACGACCCAUCGCGCGACCAGCUCACUCUCUCAACUCUGACAACUCCUCCUCUCUUCACCAUCCUCCCAACAUCACUCCCUCCCGGCUCCGAUAUCCAACCCUCUGCCUCCCUUCCACCACCGCUCCCACCUACCCUUCCCCACCAGAGAGGCAACGACGAGGACACGGACGACCCAUCGCGCAACCCGUACACUCUUCUUGACUUCGCUUCAGUCCCUCCAGACGCGGGCCACCUCUCAGGCAGCACCUUCAUCGCGCACAGCCAGUGGGGCUUCGAGGGCCGCUUCACUCUGCUGCACCUCGCCUCCUCCCUCGCCACAUGGCGUCGCGCCCACGGCUGCUUCGGCCCCGCCAGGCUCAUGCUGUUUCAAGGCGGCAUGCUCAGGACGCCCACCCGGCUGGCUCAUGCUCUUCCAGGAUGGCAUGCCCAGGAUGGCAUGCUAGGGGGGUUGGGUGAUUGUAUAUCAGCGUGGGCCAACAAUCUGCUCAAGGCAGUGCUGGGGCUGGGGGCAGCGUCGCCGUUCAAGCCACUGAACGGGGUCACACCGCAGUGCCUGGCCCUGGAGAAUGCGGUGGUGCUGCGGCAGCGAGACACCUUCAACGCCAGCGAUGAACCAUGCGCCUCUCUUUUGCACCAAUUCACUAACCACUCUUUACCCCCUCCCCUCUGUUCCCCUCCCCCAUACCCGCUUCUGUUUUUCCCCUUCUCCCCCGUCCCCUCCUCCCCACACACCCGCACAGGUAUCAGCGUGGGCCAGCAAUCUGCUCAAGGCAGUGCUGGGGCCAGGGGCAACACCGCCCUUCAGGCCACUGAACGGGGUCACACCGCUGUGGUAUCAGCGUGGGUCAGCAAUCUGCUCAAGGCAGUGCUGGGGCUGGGAGCCACGCCGCCAAGAUAA